UGGUCUGACUCCCCUGCCCCCUCCCGUCCCGCCCUGUCCCCUUUGUACCCCUUUCUCUUUUUCUCUCUCCUUCCCUGGCUUGGCGUCCCUUCUCCACCUCUACUCCCUUCAGCUUGGCCUCCCUGUCCCCUCACGGCUGCUCGUCUCCCUGCCCGAGGCCUGAGCCACCAUGCUGACCCCAAUGGUGGCUGGGGGGGUGGUCUUCCCCGGACUCUUCCUCCUCUCCAAGAACACACUCCAGCGGCUGCCCCAGCUGCGCUGGGAGGAGGCCGACGCGGUCAUUGUCUCCGCCAGGCUGGUGUCCUCUGUCCAAGCCGUCAUGGCCUCCACAGCCGGCUACAUCGUCUCCACCUCCUGCAAGCACAUCAUUGAUGACCAACACUGGCUUUCCUCUGCCUACACGCAAUUUGCAGUGCCCUACUUCAUCUACGACAUCUACGCCAUGUUCCUCUGUCACUGGCACAAGCACCAGGUCAAGGGGCACGGAGGGGAUGAAGGGGGGGCCAGAGCCCCGGGCAGCACCUGGGCUGUGGCGCGCGGCUACCUGCACAAGGAGUUCCUCAUGGUGCUCCACCACGCCGUCAUGGUGCUCGUGUGCUUCCCGCUGUCGGUGGUGUGGCGUCAGGGCAAGGGAGAUUUCUUUCUAGGCUGCUUGCUGAUGGCAGAGGUCAGCACCCCCUUUGUCUGCCUUGGCAAGAUCCUCAUCCAGUACAAGCAGCAGCACACACUGCUGCACAAGGUGAACGGGGCGCUGAUGCUGCUCAGCUUCCUCUGCUGCCGGGUGCUGCUCUUCCCCUACCUGUACUGGGCCUACGGGCGGCACGCGGGCCUGCCCCUGCUCGCAGUGCCCCUCGCCAUCCCGGCCCACGUCAACCUGGGCGCCGCGCUGCUGCUCGCCCCCCAGCUCUACUGGUUCUUCCUCAUCUGCCGCGGAGCCUGCCGCCUCUUCCGGCCCCGGGGCUCCCCGCCGCCCUCUCCCUGCCAGACCCGGGACUGAGAGUGGGGCCAGGGGACCCUCCCCACCCACCCCCACCCCCGUGGGGACAGGGCCCUGGGGCUGCUGGGUGGGUGGCGGAAGCCAGG